AUGGCACCCCACGAAGGCCUCGUCCACCCGAAAGAAUACGACAUCAAAGACAGCAACGUGGAGCUAAUCGGCAGCGACCUUGACCACCGCGUGAAAUACACCUCAGCCCUCACCGAACCUGCCUGGCAAAGCAUCGACCAAGCACCCGGCCUUACAACCUGGCGCAUCGAGAACUUCCAAGUUAUCCCCUGGCCGAAAGAACAAACCGGGCAAUUCUACGACGGUGACAGCUUUAUCGUGCUACACACCUACAAAGUCGGCGACGACAAGCUCGGCCACGACAUCUUUUUCUGGCUUGGCAGUAAGACAACUCAGGAUGAAGCAGGUGUCGCGGCUUACAAGACGUUUGAGUUGGACGAGUUCCUUCAUGGCGCUGCUACACAAUACCGCGAGGUUCAGGAGCACCCCUCUGACGAGUUCCUCGCUCUGUUCCGGAACUACUCGAUCCGGUCUGGUGGUGUGCGUUCCGGUUUCACACAUGUCGAGCCUGAGGAACGGCUGGAGGUGACUACGCUUCUGCGCAUCUUCAAACACCCCGGUAUUGCGCGUGUUGACUCGUUGAUCGUGUAUGAGGUCGAACCUACAUGGAAGAGUCUGGAUGAGAAUGAUGUCUUUGUUUUGGAUAAGGGAGAUAAGAUUUGGGUUUGGCAGGGGAAGAAGUGUAGUCCGAUGGAGAAGGCGAAGGCGGCGCAGGUGGUUAAUGAUAUGACGCAGGCGAAGCAUGUUGAUGUUGAGGUUCUGUCACAACUUGAACCCAGGUCGAAGAUCUUUGUUGACUUGUUGGGUGGGAGGGAUGUCGCUCCGUCUACUUUGGAGGCACCGAGACCUGGAAGGUUUGCAAAGAAGGGUGGUGAUGAAAGUUCUCGGCCGCGCGGGCUUUUCAGACUCAGUGAUGCGUCUGGGACGUUGUCUUUUGAUGUUGUUAAGGGUGGGGGACGGGUUGAUCGGUCUGACUUGGAUGGGAAGGAUGUUUUCCUUUAUGAUACUGGGAACCGGGUCUGGGUUUGGCAGGGGUCUGGAGCUAGUGCGAGGGAGAAGGCCAUGUGGCUCAAGGUUGCGCAGUUCUAUGUUCAGAAGAUUCAGGAGAGCCAAUCUUCUGAGGCGUAUCUCACGCCAAUUUCGAAGGUUUCGCAAGGCCAUGAGAGCCCGGCAUUCUUGAAGGCCUUGGAGGCUUAG